AUGAAGUAUCACCGGCUUUUAUCUCUUAUGGCAUUCUGGGGAGUCUCCAAGGCUUUGCAGGAGAAUCCCCAAGCACUUCGACUCCUAGAAACUCUCCACGGUCCUGCAAACCACUCGUCACAGAGCUUUGAGCAUUCCUAUAUGCCAAAGCGAGCAUCUCCCGCGCCAUCAAAGAAGAGCUCCAGCAGAUUUCUCACCAAAGCCUCGUCCAAGUAUGCUGUCAAAGGUACCCGUAUCCCCAACGUGGAUUUUGACAUUGGUGAAUCGUACGCUGGUUUGAUGCCCAUCGACAAGAAGAAGACCCUACAAAACACUCUAUACUUCUGGUUCUUUCCCGUGGCUACUAAGGAAUUCAAGGAGAAGAAGGAGAUAGUGAUAUGGUUAAAUGGCGGUCCCGGCUGCUCGUCACUCCUUGGUCUCGCUCAAGAAAACGGCCCCUUCUUAUGGCAGCCUGGCAUGGCCAAGCCACGAAAGAACUCUUGGGCUUUCAAUCUCCUGACCAAUGUCGUUUGGGUCGAACAACCGGUCACAACCGGGUUUUCCAAGGGCACGGUCAGCAUCUCUGAUGAAGAUGAGCUUGCGAGACAGUUUAAUGGCUUCUGGAACAACUUUGUGGACACUUUUGGCAUGCAAGACUACGAUAUCUAUAUUGCCGCUGAAUCAUACGGCGGCAUGUACGGGCCGUACAUCGCGAGAUACUUCCUUGAGGCGGAUAUAUAUGACUUCAAGGGCCUCCUGAUCUAUGACGGGCUCAUGUUCAACAGGCACAUCCAGUCCAAUGUGGUUGCGGGAAGUUUCAUGGAGAUGCACCGAGAACUCUUUCCAUUUGACGACAAUACUCGCCAACGCCUGCACGAUAUCGCUGACAAGUGUAACUUCACCUCAUAUGAGAAAGACUACCUUCAAUACCCACCGUCUGGUCCGGCCCCCAGCGAGCCUCCAGGACUUAACAGACCAGGACCAGGAGGCAUGUGGUCAGGUUCAAGGCCAUGCGGAAAUUUCUUCAGGACAAUGGUAAAAGAGGUGACAAAGUUAAACCCGUGUUUAAACAUCUACAACGUCUUGGAUAAGUGCCCAUCUCCGUCCGACGCCAUCAUGGCCAGCAAAAGCUGGUUCAACCGCAAGGACGUCAAGCGAGCUAUCCAUGCCCCUCUUGAGGUUGAAUGGAAACCAUGUCGACCCGUUGUCUUUAAAGGGGAGGGAGAUGAUAAUUCUCGCCCAUCAGGCGAAGAAGUCCUGCCGUAUGUAAUCGAGAAGACAGAAAACGUGAUACUGGCGCAUGGUGCCAUGGACUUUAUCCUACCAGCAAAUGGUGUUCUCCUCGGUAUUCAAAACAUGACUUGGGGUGGCAAGAUGGGGUUUCAAACGGCGCCGAGGGAUCCCUUCUUUGUGCCUUCCUAUGAGACGGAUUCCUGCGACGCAGGUAGUUCCUGUAGCGGGGAUUCGUAUUUGUACGGGACCGAGACACCAUCUGGCACCGGCAUCGUUGGUACAACUCAUCACGAGCGUGGCUUAACAUUUGUGGUGACGCAGCUGGCUGGCCACAUGGGUCCUGGCGAUUCUCCUGCUGGUGCCUUUCGCCAUCUCGAAAAGCUCACGGGCCGAGUGGAUAGUUUGUCCUCCAAAGCACCGUUUACACUACCGGAGAUACGUCAUAUUGAACAAACCGCUUCGGAAUUGGCUCAAGGCACCGUUCCCAUUCCAUGUUUCGGUCAGGGGUGUUGA